CACUGCGUCUCGUUCAGAAUUGUUCUAGACGCUCGUGUGAGCUGUUCCUUAAACGACAACCGCAAUCAUCAAGACAAGUUGAUAUUCAACAACCAUGUCUUUACUUCGUGUUUUGCCGAAAAAAUUUACGGAUGCGGCAAGUGUUCUAUCCCGAAGUGUACCCGUUGUGUCAUAUCAUGCCAAUGUGCUAGACCACUAUGAAAAUCCGAGGAAUGUUGGUUCUCUUGAUAAAAAUGACAAACAUGUGGGCACUGGCCUUGUAGGAGCUCCGGCAUGUGGCGAUGUCAUGAAACUUCAAAUAAAAGUUGAUGAAAAUGGAAAAAUCACUGAUGCUAAAUUCAAGACAUUUGGCUGCGGAUCAGCUAUCGCCUCUAGCUCGCUUGCUACUGAAUGGGUUAAGGGUAAAACGGUUGACCAAGCAUUGGAGCUAAAGAACACUGACAUUGCAAAGGAACUUUGCCUUCCACCAGUCAAGCUACAUUGUUCGAUGCUUGCAGAGGAUGCAAUCAAGGCAGCACUUUCUGAUUACCGCAUUAAGCAGCAACCAAAAGCCAAAACAGCAUCUGGCAGUAAUGAAGUUUAGAGUUGCAUACCUAGAAGUAUAAACAGCACCAAGCAGGAAAACAAACUUUAUAGGUCAUAGUUGGCGAAAAAUAGUAUAUUGCAUCAUAUCUUGCAAUCCAAAUUAGUCAACGUUUAAAUUGAACGUCUAAUAUUCUUUACUGUAGCUAUCUGCUGUAGUACAAUCUUGGAUGAUGAAUACAGAAUCUAUAAUAGUUACAUGUAUGAUCAAGUUUAUAAGAGUGAGAUUCUGAUAGAACGUAAGUACGUCGUUUAAUUUCAAAUUAAAUUUCUCCGACUGACUUAUACAUGUAUGUAUAUACAUAUAAACUUACAUAUGUAUAUAUAGUAUUCACUUGUAUCCAAAAUAAUUGAAAUUAUAUUUUAGUACGCAUAAUAUUUAUUGUUCGGGUUUAUAAAGCCUGCGGUUACGCAGGUUCACGAUAUAUCAUAGUGAUAAUUACCUUGUGAUCCUAUUUUUCAUGGAAAUUUAUAUUUUAUUAAAGUAUAUUAUAUAAUAGCAGAUCGGAAAAAUUCUACUGAAGUAAUAAAAGUGGCGUUCAAGCA